AUGGUGGAUAUUCUUGAUGCAUCAUGUUCUUGUUGGCCUUGUAGUGGCAUCACCGGUGAUGAGGUUUCAGGUUCCCGAAGGGAGAAAGGUGACGUUCUUAGCGGAGUCUGCUACGUAGGAAUUUGGAAUAUAGACGCAAUGAGAGUAUUCGUCCUGAUACCCCUCAUCGUCUAUCUGGUCAUCGGCACAAUAUUCCUCACUUCAGGGUUCGUUUCCUUGUUCAGGAUACGCACAGUAAUGAAACAUGAUGGCACAAAAACUGACAAAUUAGAGAAGUUAAUGAUCAGGAUAGGAAUUUUCUCCGUUCUAUAUACUCUUCCAGCUUUGAUAGUUAUUUCGUGUUUGAUAUAUGAACACACGUAUUACGACGAUUGGAUGUUGACAUGGAACCAAGAUAUGUGCGAGAUCCAGAAGUACGCCAUUCCUUGUCCGAAGAACUUAACCGAAAAAGUCCAUCCUAGAUUCGAGGUCUUCAUGAUUAAGUAUUUGAUGACGAUGAUAGUAGGAAUCACUUCGAGUGUUUGGAUCUGGUCGGGAAAAACUGUACAUAGCUGGAAAGUGUUUUUCAGAAGGCUGCAAGGCAGGCAUGUUGAAGCGUACGUGUGAACAAUCCAAUAAAUGUUACCUGAACGUUUAAUUGAAACAUCGUGUUGUGAAAUUGACAAUUGUAGGUGUUACGUCCCUGGAUUAUCCAAUGUGAGACGACAGAUACAGAGACUAUAUUAUUAUAUACCAGUGCAGUGUUUAAUUAUUUUCAUAGCUUUUAGUUUGUUACUUGUUACUGUAUUUUCAAAAUUCGUUCUCAAAAAUAAGUUUAUUACGAAAGACAAUGUUUUAAAAACCCGCCUUCGGUUGUGACUUUCGUAAUUGGCGCAGUCAGUAGGAUUUCUGAAAAAAAAUAUUAUUUCUGUAUGGACUAGAACUUUGGAAGGAAUGGCGAUUUUGAAAAUUAUUAUAAUUUGAAAAAUUCUGAUGAGAGAAUCUUUAACUUUUGCCCAAUAAUCGAGUUCGGUUCUUGAUGCAAUAAGGUCUGCUGCUUAUCAGUUAAUUUACUCAAAACAGUAUCAAAAACACAAACAUUUAUAGGAUUAUUUGCAUCUAUGUUGCUAUGAUUCUUUAAGAAAAUUUCACAUGAUCUUAUGAAUCUAUUUAGUUGUUUUGCAUUGCCAUCGAAAUUAGGAAUAUUAUCUGCCUGCUAUUUAAUCAAUUGAAAGUUAGGUUGAGUCAUCUCGUUUAAGGUUAAAUUAAUUAAACUUUCUAAAAUAUCCUCCACUUGGAAUCAAAAAUAUGCAAUAUGUCACUAGGUAAAAAUAUGGAUUGGUAAAAAUAGGAAACACUUACACGAAUAUUUUCAUUCUAUUGACUUUAAGACUAUGUUUGUUCUUCCGUCUGCACCAAUAAGAAUCUGGACGAUGCUGGUUCCUUUUCCCUGGUUUUGGUUUUUCCAAUGGGUUGUGGACAAUGCUUGUUCAAAGCUCUGGACGUUUGACCGUAACCGUACAUUAAUCUUUAAAAAGAACAAUUGCACACGAAAUCCGGACAAGGUUAACACGAAUACUGUACAAUUUCGGAAAAUCCUACUGUCUGACUGCGCCAAUUACGAAAGUCAGUGCCGAAAACGGGUUUAAAAAAUUAUCUUUUGUAAUAAAUUUAUUUGAGAACGAAUUUCGAAAAUACAUAACAAGUAACAAACUAAAAGCUAUGAAAAUAAUUAAACACUGGUAUAUAUAGUCUCUGUAUCUGUCGUCACACAUUGGAUAAUCCAGAGACGUAACAUAGGAGGUAGAUUCAUAGAUUUUGGUAUAAGAAACGUCUGUUCAUGUUUUGUACAUAGAAUGUUAUUAAACAUUUAAAACGUGUGUCCUCAGUCAUGACCUGCAGGUGUUGGCUAUGUGUACAACGGACACAGUUAAAUGGAUUACAGUACACGUUGUAGUCGAAAUGUGAAACAUUUUUGACAAUUUUUUUUGUUAGAUUUUUUACUUUUUUCUAUUUUGACUAAUUGGUUGAAUCAUUAUUUUACAUUUUUUACAAACCUGACUGCGUCUUUUUAUCUACAUUUAUUGACGUUUUUGAUCAUUUUUAACAUUUUUUUACUAAUGAUUUUAUUUUUUCCGCCCUUUUACCUAUCUAAUAUCUUUUAAUAUUUUUGUCGGUUAACUUUUUUACAAACUUUGCCUGACUACCUUUUUAGCUUCUUUGUAACUUGAUUUUAUUUUUGUUUUCAAAUAUUUUUACUAUUUUUUUCACUUUUUUUGCUUUUUACGAUUAUUUCUUAUUUAUUGAUUUCGUUUUUUUUUGAGUUUUUUGUACUAUUUUGACUAACUUUUUAACUAUUUUUCCCGUUUUUUAAUAACUUAAUUUUGUGAUGACUUUAUUACCUUUUAUUGGAAAUGUUUUGAUAAUUAUUAUUGUCCAUUAUUUGACAUACUCCAUAAAUAUUAUAAAUAGCACUGAUUGCUAACAUUAUCUUACAUCUACUUUAAUGGAAUUUUUCAAGUUUUUUACUUUUUUACUAGUAGUAGACAGCUCCUACUACUAAUGAUAUUUAUGGACCAGGGCAUUUAGCACAAAAUACAUCGAUUUUUAAAACCAGCACCUAGAGCAGGGGUGGGCAAAAGCCGGCCCGCGGCCCGGACCCGGCCCUUUCGCUUACUUUAUCCGGCCCGUUGAAAAAUCCCGCAAGCAAUUUUUUUAAUAUCUUUUAUUUUGUUGAAAUCAACAGUAUUAGGGUGCGUAGUGUUCUUAUAAAUAAUCUUCUCUUCUUCUUUUUGUAUAGACAUGCCUCUGUAUGUUUUUUCAAUGUGCCUCUAGUAAGUUGUCGUUCCAUCGUUUUCGUGGUCUUCCCACUGAUCGUCUUCCUAUUGGGGAACCCUCUCUUGCUGUCCUGACUAUCAUAUUUGUUGUCAUUCGGCUUAUGUGGUAAUUCCAUUCUAUUCUUCUGUUUCUUACCCAGUUAUUAAUGUUAUCCAUCUUGCAUCUCCGUCGUAUAUCUGUACUUCUAGCUCUGUCUCAUAGAGUCUUACCAUCGAUUUUUCGAAGGGUUUUCAUCUCCGCUGUUUCGAGCAAUAUGUUUGUCCUCUCUGUGUCGGGUCGUGUUUCUGCCGCAUGUGUUAUUAUUGGUCUAAUGACUGUUUUGUAAAUUCUGCCUUUAAGAGGAAACAGUAGCGAUCAACAGGUAUCGAAAACGCGUUCCAAGAUUGCGGCUGUAAUUUUGAAUAUUUUUUCGAGAUAUUUGGCACACGUAUUCGUAAUAUAAUAAAGAAUGGCGGUACAGAGCCCAAUUUGAAAAAUAUA